AUGAAGAUCUCCCAAAAGUUCGAGCUGGCCGCCAAGGAAGACCGGGUACUAUGGUCGUUCGAGUAUUUCCCACCCCGGACCGCUCAGGGUCUGCAGAACCUGUAUGACCGGAUCGAGAGGAUGAGGGAGUUGGGACCCGAAUUUAUCGACAUCACUUGGGGAGCUGGAGGCAAGAACUCGGAUUUGACCUUGAACCUCGUUCAGGUCUGUCAACAGACGAUCGGGAUGGAAACGUGCAUGCACUUGUGUUGCACCGAGAUGCCCGAGGCCAAGGUCAAGGAGUCAUUGAGGAUCGCCAAGGAACACGGCUGUCAAAACAUCCUCGCCCUCCGAGGAGACCCUCCUCACGGUCAAUCCGAAUGGAAACCCACGCCCGGCGGGUUCUCCAAAGCUAUCGACCUCGUCAAAUACAUUCGAGCCGAGUAUGGGGACUACUUUGACGUCGCCGUCGCCGGUUUCCCUCAGGGACACCCCGAGACUGCCGACAGCGAAGAUGAUAAACGCCAAGAGAUCGAAUUCCUCAAGGCCAAAGUCGACGCUGGAGCCAACUUCAUCUUCACCCAAAUGUUCUACGACGUCAACAUCUUUAUCGACUGGGUCAAGCGGGUCCGAGCGGCUGGGAUCACGGUGCCGAUCGUGCCCGGGAUCAUGCCGAUUCAGAGUUGGCAAAAGUUCAUGACCUGGGUCAAGAGGGAGAACAUCAUCGUCCCUCAACACUUUUGGGACGUUCUCAACCCCGUCCAGGACAACGAUGAGGCCGUGAGAGCAGUGGGAAUUAAGCUGGUCGCUCAGAUGUGUAGGGAUAUCUUAGACUGUGGAUUGGGAAUCAGGGGUCUGCAUCUGUACACCUUGAACUUGGAAAAGGGGGCAAGGAUGUUGUUGGAAGAACUCAAGAUGGAGGCUAGCAGGGAACAGGUGCAUCCUCUUCCCUGGCGACCGUCGCUUGCGCCUAAGCGACGUGGCGAAGCUAUCAGGCCGAUCUUCUGGGCCAACAGGCAACAAUCUUACUUGUCCCGAACCGAGGACUGGGACGAGUUUCCUAACGGUCGAUGGGGAGACUCGAGGAGUCCCGCAUAUGGUGACUUGGAUGGCUACCCUGUCAAGAUCGACGUGCCUGGCAACGAUGCUCUUGAGUUGUGGGGCGAGCCCAAACAGUUCUCGGACAUUACCGCCCUCUUUGCCAAGUUUUGCCGAAAUGAACUCAAAGCGCUGCCUUGGUCUAGCCAGCCGGCGUCCAAGGAGACUUCGGUCAUCGACCAACAAUUGGCCAAGAUGAACGAAUUGGGAUACUUGACAAUCAAUAGUCAGCCUGCCGUCGAUGGCGCUCGAAGCGAGGACGCUACGCACGGAUGGGGACCCGCUGGGGGAUAUGUCUAUCAAAAGGCAUACCUCGAGUUCUUUGUAGCGCCUGCCCUGCUGGACGAACUCGUUAAACGGAUUGAAAAGGAUCCGAGGAUCACCUAUUAUGCCGUCAACCGACAGGGAGAUCUGCGGACCAACACCCAUAGCGAGGGCCCCAAUGCCGUCACUUGGGGUGUGUUCCCGGGCAAGGAGAUCAUUCAGCCCACUAUCGUCGAGGCCGUCUCGUUCAUCGCUUGGAAAGAUGAGGCUUUCGAACUCGGCAUGCAAUGGGCUAGCCUGUACGAGGAAGGAUCGACUUCUCGUCAGCUCAUCAAGGACGUCAUGAACGACUCUUACCUCGUCAACAUCGUCGCCAACGACUUCAAGGACGGACUCUCCAUCUUUGAGCCGUUUCAGCUCCAUCGGGCCACCCCCACCGUCGUUACCAAGGCUACGAAUGGAGUCAGCAACGCUGUCUCCUCGGCCACCAAGACUGUAGCCGGUGCCGCCGGUGCGGUUGUCAACGGCGUCAGCUCGCUCGUCAACGGGUCCGGAUCCGCCACCGAGAAGACCAAUGGGCACGUCAACGGACAAACCAACGGACAUUCUGAUGAAAAGACCAAUAGUGCGCGGACCAACGGAGAAAAAGACAGUGUUUACGAGGUGACCAACGAGGAUGCUGUCCCUCCUACUGCUGGCCAACCCAAGGUCAACGGCAGCAACUUCAACCAGACCGAGGGCAGAGACAGCACAGUCAGUCAACCCAGGGUCGAAAGCAGGCCUGUCAGCGAACCCGAGGCCAAGGACAGUGCUGUCAACCAUGGAACCGGCGCUGGUCCCGCGCCCAAGGCUAGCAAGAGCCUUGACGAGCUUUUCGACUCGGUUCCCUUGUUCAUGCGAGAGACUCCGUCUGCUGAUGGAGAGGAGAAUGAGACUUUGGAGGCCUUGAAGUCGUUGAUCUUCGAUGGCACCCCUGAUGGUAAGGAUUGA